CGAGAUUCCAAAUUAGAAAAGAAGAUGAAGACUACGGGAACCUGAUCACUCCCAUGCCACAUGGGCACCACCGACCGUUUUUCGACUCCGACUCUCCGCUUCCUAGUGCAGGGUCAUUUGGCGGUGGGGCUUGGGCAGCGGAUGACUCUCCUUCUGGACCGGCAGGCCGUUUCCCACCCAGGCACGGGAGAGGGGACUCGGUAUCGAGCGAUAUGUCACUGCAUUCGCUCUCUUCGUGCUCUGUCAGGUCACCCCCUGCUCUCACUCCGGCAUCGACAAGUUCUACCUCCCUCCCACGUCCCCAGGGCCACGCGAGCAGCAGCAGCAUCGCCACCAACGCGACGGGGGGCACUCCAAGCAAGAAAAGCAGUUUCGCGAGCCUCAGAGCUGCAAUGAAGAGCGUACGUGCGUUCGCAGAAUCUUCGGAACGCGUCCCUCCCGUUCUGGCGCUCAACUUGCGAGACAAACCCUCCGCUUCGGUAUCUGCUUCUGUUACAUGAGAGGGAGAGAACGGCACAUACCCCGAGCUGCGCAAUCCGUUUGCGAAACAGCCGCGUAAUGAUACACCUUGUGCUGGGAGCCCAGCAGCAAGCGUGAAGAGUAAUGUAAAGAAACGACCUACUUUGUCCUCUUGUUCCCACCCCGGAACAGCACAGAGUCAGCAAAGUCAGCAAAGCGCGAGCUCUGGGCAAGGAGGAGAACAAGGGCAGCACGCGAAUCGUCCAAGUGCAGGACUGUCAACAAGCAGUGGUCGUCCUUCUGGGAACUGGGCCUUUACGCACAGUGCUGCCAGUAGCUGGGCAUACGAUUCUGACCUGUCUGAGCCUGUGCCUCCCGUGCCUAAGCUACCACGAUCUGUUGGCAUGCGCGCGACUGGCCUGCAGACUGCGGUCGGGGUGGACGAAGCUGUCGGUUUGGGCGCGGCUGCUGUUGGUGGAGAAGGAGAACCCCGCACACCUGGAGAACUAGUGCUGCACGUCGUGUUCACCCAAUUUGUUGCCAAGGUAGAGGAUAAGAUGCGCAAGAUUUUGGACUUCAGCUUGGAAAAGGACCCUUCAGUCGCCUCCGUUUUCGGCCGGAAAGUCGAUCCCACCCUAGACGCCCUUCUCCUCUCCCUAGCACAUAUCGCAGUAUGCAAUGCUGGCCCUGUAGUAGAAGCAAUCAUGCCUUGGCGAAAGACACAGCGCGAAUCUGUGCCGCUUGAUAUCGUUGAGAAGGCGCUACAGGCUACCGGAGGGAAGGGGAGGAUGGGGGGUGAGGCACGAGGUAUCCUCAACCAGCGAAAACAUGUGGCAUCCAUCUAUGUAUUUUCUCGCGCAUUGCUUGUCCUCAUCCAGACAAUGACCAAAGACAGCCCUCCCUCUUCUCUCGCAACUCAACUCGAGCAUACCAUUUUCGCCGAAUAUCGCGACCUAGACCCUCGCGCGCUCGCCCAGUCUUCGAAUUGGAAAUCCAUCGGUUCUCUGUACUCUGAAGUGCUUGGUGCGAUGGCUGAUGCGCACUUUGAGAGCGUGACGGACGAGUUCCUCACUGCGAUCUCCUCCCUCUCAUCAGACCAAGGAGAAACAGACGCACGUGUCGAGCAUCUCCUUCGUGGACUGAAGCACGUGAAGCUCCGUGUCUGGCAGCCAGAGGCAUUCGAGGAAGCUGCCGAGUUCCUAGCUGCCUUUGCGGGCCAAUUUGCAAAUGCCCACGGACAGUCGAUCAAAACUGCGUUUGCGGAGGCGCUGACUGGGCCCUGUACGGAAGACUGCAGGCGCGGAGGUCAACCAUCCUUUGUGGUCGAAAGCUGUACAGUCGAUCUAUCCGAGAGCGUUCAGUAUGAUGUCGAAGCCGCGUUACUGGGCGUCUGCACUCCCACUCACGAUUACAAGUCUCUGCUGUGUGCCUACAGACUUCUUCCUCAAGCAUUGGCAGGCAUGUUUCGAUAUAUGCGUGGGGAAGCUGAAGGACAAGGCUGCACGCGUACUUGCACUUAAUGUUAUCUGCCGCCUCCUGUGGACAUAUCUCUAUAGAGCAGGAGAAUCCAUAUUGACAAGCCUCAAGGUACUCGAAAACUGCAUCCGAGCACUUCACCCACCCAAU